GGAGCGGGGGUGGUGGUGGCCGCGUCGCAGCGCUAUGCGCGGGUGUCAUUGCGGGGAGCGCGCACAGCGGGUAUGCAGGGACCUCCCGGGAACUGGGUUCUAUGUCCCCGCGAGAGAGUUUCCGCUGGAGUGUCCGAGCUGCGGUGCAGGCUGGCCCUUCAAACUGGCACAAGCUGUAUCCCAUUGCCCAGGGAGAUCGCCAGUCACCCAUCAACAUCGUAUCCAGCCAGGCUGUAUAUUCGCCCAGCCUGCAGCCACUGGAGCUUUUCUAUGAGGCCUGCAUGUCCCUCAGCAUCACCAACAAUGGCCACUCUGUCCAGGUGGACUUCAAUGACAGCGAUGACAAAACUGUGGUGACUGGGGGACCCCUGGAAGGGCCCUAUCGUCUCAAGCAGCUCCACUUCCACUGGGGCAAGAAGCAUGAUGUGGGCUCAGAGCACACGGUGGAUGGCAAGUCCUUCCCCAGUGAGCUACAUCUGGUUCACUGGAAUGCCAAGAAGUACAGCACUUUCGGGGAGGCAGCUGCAGCCCCUGAUGGCCUGGCUGUAGUUGGUGUCUUCCUGGAGACAGGAGAUGAGCACCCCAGCAUGAACCGCCUGACAGAUGCACUCUACAUGGUUCGGUUUAAGGAUACCAAGGCUCAGUUCAACUACUUCAACCCCAAGUGCCUCCUGCCCACCAGCCGGCACUACUGGACCUAUCCUGGCUCUCUGACCACACCCCCGCUCAGUGAGAGUGUUACUUGGAUUGUGCUCCGGGAGCCCAUCAGAAUUUCUGAGAGGCAGAUGGAGAAAUUUCGGAGCUUGCUUUUCACCUCAGAGGAUGAUGAGAGGAUCCACAUGGUGAACAACUUCCGGCCACCACAGCCGCUGAAGGGCCGAGUGGUCAAAGCAUCCUUCCAGGCCUGAGCUUCCCACCUGCCCAGCCAGCCACUGGGGCACCAUCUUCCCAAGGGCUUCCAUGUCAGCGGACACCAAACCAUCUGAGGCUCGCUCCCUGAGGGUGCUCUGGGCCCUCCUUCAGCUGGCUCGCUCCUUAGCCACAUUGGAGGGUUCUUGAUGAGACUCUUGAGUUGGGGGUACCCUUCUGCUGCUCUGGGGGGCCAAAAGAACAGGAACUGAGCAGGGGUCCAAGCCUGGGUCGCCUCUGCUCCCCAAGACCCAAAGACCCCUGGGAACAUCCUCUUGUCUUCCCUGCUGGCUGUGUCGGCAGCCCCAACUGGAGCUCACACUGUGAUGGCCAAGACACUGCUCCCUGGGGUAGGCAGCUGUCUCUGCCAUAAAGACUCAAGCAAUAAUUAGAGGUGGGCAGAGCUGCCCACUCUGCAUUACCUCUUUUGCAGGCCUCUGCCAUACAUGCACCUCACUGCCAGGCCAUUGAAACAGCACCCAGAUGCUGGAGGUGAUGUGGCCUCCUCCAGCCACCUGCUGCCACGGGCAGGCCCUGGCUAUAGCUUAUAUACUUUCUCCCUUUGUCCUUACCCAGCCACCAAAGCCACCUACAUAACAACCCAUUCAUGUACUAACAAAUAAAUUCAUUUAUUCAUGGAACAAAGUCCA